AUGGCUCCCAACGAAACCACACCUCCCGCCACGCCCGCUCUCACACCGACUACCACCAACACCACCACCAACCCAACCAUCUCCACCAUCCACCGCCCCGCCCACCUAACCCACGCCGCCGCCCUCGCCGCCUGCGCCGCCGUCGAAGCCAAGUCCAAAGAAAUUGGUGUACCCAUGAACAUCGCCAUAGUAGACGCCUCCCUCUACCUUCUGCACUUCACCCGCCUUCCCGGCGCAAAACUCACCUCCAUUGACAUCGCCAUCAACAAGGCCUUCACCGCUGCUGGCCAUCGCGUUCCGACUUCUGCUUACAAGGCGCAGGUUCAGCCUGGUGGCGCGGCGUAUGGGUUGAGCAUAGCCGGGGCGAAUGGGGGGAGAUUCAC